CUCUGGGCGAAAUGGUGGAUGCGCCCGCAAAAUAACGGAAUUUUUUUCGGAACUCGAUUGAAUAAUUUUCUCGUAUUGUGAAAAUGAAGCCUAGUUCUCAUACGCGAAAAAGUUGAAAUUCAAUAGUUCUCAUAUGCGAUUAUUUCUUGCUGAAAAAAGCAAUAAUUUUGACUCAUCGUGUUGGUGUCAGUGAUUGGUAAAAGCCCACUUUUUCGUUUAGUAUAUAUAUUAGUUAAUAUUGAGCACAUUUAAUUUUAAAGAAACGAAGAAUAAGUGUUUUCAUGUGUGUAGAUUUUAUUCAAUUUUUGACAUUCGACCAAGGAGUUUCGGAAAUACGUAAAGCGUAUGCUGAGCUUGAAAAAAUUGAAUAAAAUCUACACUGAAAGUGUGCACAGCGUAAAGUGCAUCCUAAUUUUUCUCCUGCAUCUAUAGGAUCUCGGCUUUUACAGUUUUUAGCGAUAUGAGGUCCAACUUGAAUUGAUAACUUUGAUAAUAAAAUAUCGAAUAGUUCUUUCGACAUUCCCAUGUAAUUGAAAUGUUUUUCUCGAUCUUGAAGACGCAUUCCUUGAAUAAAUUAUAACAAGCUUCUUGUUCCGGUCUUCGUUGGAAAAUCUCUCUAAUGUGUUGUGCAAUAACAUUACGUUGAAUUUACAUAACCUAUAAAAUUCCUCCGACUUUCCGAAUAAUCGGAAAAAGUUGGAUUAAUUUCAACUUCUUCCGACACCUGUGAAAUCGUCCGAUUAUGCGGAAUUUUGUUCCGAACAUUCGCUUAUGCGAACUAGGCUUAACGUGAAGAACUCAGCAACGGGAAAAACGUUUUUGAAAAUUGCAAAAAAAUGAAUUGAAUAAGUGCGCUUGAAAAACAGAAAAUAUCGCCGGAACAAGAUCACGGCUCGAUGACUGGACCGCGCCCAGUUUCCCCGGAUUUAAUCGGUGGGUGCAACCAACGCUUCACAAUGACCACUUAUCAACUCAUGAUUGCCAUAAAUAACGCUAAUUUUAGCGGAAAAUUACCGUAGCCUGUGGGCAUUGGCCACAGUUGAUCUCGAAUUUGCGCAAACAAUAGGAAUUCUUCGCGCGUAAUCAAUUUUUCCCACUGUAAACCUUCCGAUAAAGUUUGCGUAUGCGCAUCUAAGCAAAAUUUGCGUACAUUUGGUCAGUUGAUCUCUAAUUUGCGCAAAUCGCAGGGAUUUUCGUAAAACAACAAUUUUGAAAUUUGAAUUUAAUCUGUGGGUGCAACCAACGCGGCCCCGCUUGAACGGCGAAAAUGCGCAUGCGUCACCCGUAGUUGCCAGCUGGUCGCCUAGAUGGCGCCGGUGAUACGUCCGGUUGUGUGUCGCGUGACGUUUAGGUUAUGUGUGUGUUUGUUUGCUUGGAGUGUUUAUCCAUGUAAAAUGACCGGCAAAAAGAAGGCCAGUUCAACCGAGUCGUCGACAGCGAGCAGCUCCGGAUCGUCGUCCUCCAGCUCCUCGUCCAGCGGAUCGGACUCGAGCUCCUCCAGCGACUCCGAGUCGUCCAGCUCGCAGGCCGGCAGCGAGAAGAAGGCGGCAGCCUCGCAGAAGGGUGGGCGCAAGGGCGCCGAUGCAGCCAAAGCGGAGCCCAAGGGGGCCCCCCGGCGCCGAAGAAGGCGAAGGAGAGCUCGGCCAGCUCGGUGAGCUCCAGUACUGGUUCGACCAGCAGCAGCGACAGCGAAUCCAGCGACGACGACUCGGACAAGGAGGGCGGCCGGGGGGCCCCCAAACGGCCCGGUUCCGGUUCUGAGGCGGAAGCGGUGACGCGCAAGCUGACGCGCUCGGCGAGCACGCGCAAGUCGAAGCACGUGCUCGGCAAGGCCCCCUACUCGGACAGCGACUCGGACACGGAGAGCACGAAGCGCUCGCCCAGCCGCUCGCCCGUCAAGCGGGCGCCGCCCGCCACCAAGGGCAAGGCGAAGAACACGAAAAAACCCGAUAGCAAGUCGAAGCGCAGCGAGGUGGUGAUCGUGGAGCGCACCUGCCCGCUAGAGGGCUGCACCAGCGCCGGCCACCUGAGCGGCAAGUUCGACACGCACUUCAUCCUGGAGGCGUGCCCCGCCUACCACAACGUCACGCUGGCGAAGUGCGGCAGCGAGCUGGCGGAGCGGCGCAAGCGCGAGGAGGCGCGCCAGACUGCGCAGCAGCGCGACGCCGACCACCAGGCGAACCUGGCGCGCAUCCGGGACCUGCGCGCCAAGUUCAAGCAGGAGCCCAUGGAGGACGUCAAGCCGCAGCUGGAGAAAACCCGGGAGCCCGAGCUGAGCAACUUCGUGCCCGAGUACGACCUGACGCUGUUCCGGGACGCGCAGGCGCUGGCCAGCGAGCGCAUCGAGGCGGAGCUGAGGAGCCUGCCGAGCACCAAAGGCACCAAGUCGAUCGAGAUGGGCAAGUUCGAGAUGGAGGUCUGGUACCAGAGCCCCUACCCGGAGGACUACGCGCGCCUGCCCAAGCUCUACAUCUGCGAGUACUGUCUGCGCUACAUGAAGUCGCGCACCAUCCUCGAGCGGCACGUCAUCAAGUGCGUGUGGCGCCAUCCGCCGGGCGAGGAGGUCUACCGCAAGGACAGGGUCAGCGUGUGGGAGGUGGACGGCAAAAAGUACAAGCAGUACUGCCAGAACCUGUGUCUGCUCGCCAAGUUCUUCCUCGACCACAAGACCCUCUACUACGACGUCGAGCCCUUUCUCUUCUACGUGAUGACGCUGGUGGACAGCGAGGGCUGUCACACCGUCGGCUACUUCAGCAAGGAGAAGAACUCGUUUCUCAACUACAACGUGUCGUGCAUCCUCACGCUGCCCCCCUAUCAGCGCCAGGGCUACGGCCGCCUGCUGAUCGACUUCAGUUACCUGCUGACGCGCGUAGAGGGCAAAAUCGGGUCGCCCGAGAAGCCGCUCAGCGACUUGGGGCUGAUCUCCUACCGCUCCUACUGGAAGGACGUGCUGCUCAACUAUUUGUGCGCGCGCGCCGGCACCACGCUGUCAGUGAAGGACAUCAGCCAAGAGAUGGCGAUCCACUCGUACGACAUCGUGUCCACGUUGCAGGCGCUCGGCAUGAUGAAGUACUGGAAGGGGAAGCACAUCGUGCUGAAGAAGCAGGACGUGCUCGACGAGUGGGUGAAACGUCGCGGCCAUCUGCUCAAGGAGAUCGACCCCGCCUGUCUGCGCUGGGUGCCGCCCCAGAGCCACGUCGCCCUAUGAGAGUGCGAGUGAGCUCGCAUCGCCGAGUCCGACCAGGUUGGUGCCUUCUCUCUCUCUCUCUAUUGCUCCCGGUAUAUGCGCCAGUUCAACUGUCAGCAACGUCACAUUUGUGUCAUUGUCAUUGGUGGAGUGACAGUUGACGCGCCUGUUGGCAAUUGAUUGGCGUUGAUGACAUUGACAACCCGUUUCGAUUGGGGCUUUUGAACUGGCGCCAAUGUACUGUCAGCUGUCACUGUCAUUGGAAUGUUUGCGCUGUUUGGUUUGUGGGUCGCGCCGCUCGGAAUGGUACCGAAAUCGGUCGCGCGCCCAGCCUUGGCCUCGGCCAAUCGGCUAUUUUUAGCGCGCCCGAACCGGUCGGCGCCAGUGGCGGCGCCCCAAACCCGAAAAUUCCCCAGAAAAGGCGGAAAUGACGCACGUUUCGGUGCCAGAAUGGGCGCUGCGUCACCGGAAAACUCGUCACUGUUGGCUUGUGGUUGCGCCCAAUCGGGGCGGCGUUGCCAGUGUCAAAUUUUAGCGAUUUUCUAGAAAGCAAAUCGCGAUUUUUUAUGCAACUGAGCGGGCGCGUGGCAACCAGGCCGGGUUCCGGCGGGUUCCACACGUGUCCUUGCCGCGACCUUGAGGCCGCCCGCUUAGCAACUGCACGAAGCAGAAACGGGGGCGGCGGCGUGACGUCACGCGCCCCCCUUCUGGGUACCUGACCGAGUGAAAUGCGCCCAGAAUCAGUGGCGCGCCACCAGCCAGACCGGCCAAAUUGAAGCAAAUAAAACGGCAGAAAAAACGGCAAUCGAUGCCAAGUUCAGACGCUGUCGGCGUCUCGACUGACAAUCGGGCGCAUUUCGCCGGUGUGAACGUGGCUGAGGCGGCGCGCUGUUGCCGGACGGCGCGCAAAGUCCCUGCCCUCGAUGCGCUCGGUUGUUCACCUUGGCGAAAAGGUGCCAUUGAAACCGAUUGGAUGCGCUCCGGUGCGUCGGCCCCCGCCCCCCCUUUUGUCUGCGCCGCCCGAGCUUUUUCUUAAUUGAUUGAAAAUCCGCUAAAAUACCGUUUUGGUGCCUGUUGGGGCGAUCAGGCGCGAUCCCAUGAAUGCAGUCAGUGACUGACACUGUGUUGGUGUGUUGAGUGUCACAACUCAUCGGCUGGUGAGUGAGUAACUCAUUUCUGGGACCCGGUGCAACUUGGGCAAAGGGAAAAUUGCUCUUUUCCUGCUAGAAAAACGCAUUUAACCUUGCAUUAAUCAUGUAGAUACUAAUCGUUUUAACCCAGAAUCACGUAGAUACAAUUGAUUAAUUGAACUUUUAAUCUUCAAUGUUAUUUUUUAAAUUUUUCGAUGUUUUCGGUUCACCCUGUGUAUAUAAUUUUUUAUUUUUAUGCCAUUUUAACGUGUUGUUCGAGGAACCAAUGUACCAAAAGUAUAAAUGUAAUAAAUCACAUAAAUGCCAAA